AAAGCUCUCCUGUCGACCUGUCAACCCUCAUCAGAGCUGAAGGAGCAGCUGGGAGUGUAUAUGUACUGUUGAGAUCAAGCCGACUCGGACGACCUGUCAACUAUGUCCUACAAAACUGGCAUGAGCCCCGUUCCAGGGUCCAAGAAAAGGGUUUUGAAGGACAGCAGCUGGAUAAAAAAGGACUCUGAUGACGACGUGUUUGGGGGAGAUGAGGACAAGGGCCUUGGGUACAAGACUGGAUCUGUCAGCAAUCUCACUAAACGAUUUGGAGGGAGCCAAGAUCUCCUUGACAAAACCAGUAAACCAACGUCACCCGGGACAAAAACUUCGACCACAACGUCAACGUCCAGUGUCACGAAAACGACAACUGAGACCAAAACGUCCUCCUCUGGAACCAGCAAACCAGUUCUCCCUUCUAAACCCUCAAGUCCAGGCGGGACCAGCUUCACAGACAGAGUAUUCUCUGCAAACAAACCGAGUUACCAAAGAUACUCAUCUCCUGCUAAAGUGACUACACCCACCACACCCACCACACCCACCAAGGACACAACCAAUGGUUUCCAAAAGCACUCAACCACCACUACCACUAAAACUACUACAGUGGUAGAGACCUCACCCAACAAGGAGACGACCACCAAGACCCGUUCCACAACAUCAUACAGCUUGGAGGAUCCCCCAUCCUCCCGGCUUCGGAUCAACAAAUCAAGCACUCUGGACAACCUUGCGGACACGCUGAUCGAUACGCCCACCAAACCGGCAGUAUCCUCUCCUGAAAGAGCAACAACGAAAAGCAACACUUUGGACAACCUCUCUGACACGCUCCUGCCUACCAAAUACCAGAAAGAAAUGAGUGUGGACUCAAACCCUAGGAGUACUUACAGUAAGACCUUGGAAACCAGCGUGGACUCACCUGCAGAGAGGAACACCUUGGACAGCCUUGCUGACACUCUCAACCCUUUCGGAACUCGAACCCCAACUCCUCCUCCUCCCUCUCCUCCUCCUCCUCCUGCUCCUGCGAAAUCCCUUGCCAGUCCAUUGGACAACCUGUCUGAUUCGCUUCUGUACAGCCCACCUAAGUACACCAAGGACUCAUCUGACUUUUCCUACUCAGACAGCUCCUUAUACAGCCCUAAAGACACCUACAUUUCAUCUCGCACAUCUCAGAGUGUGAAUUCACCGUCGAGGAGAAAAUCUGUGUCUGACAAACACCUCUGCUCCUACUGCCACCAACCGAUUGCAGAUGACACCAGGAUGGUGGUGGACGAGCUGCACAUCUCCAGUCACGCAGACUGCUUUAAGUGUGCCGUGUGUCACCGUAACCUGGGCAACCUGGAGGCAGGGGACAGCCUGUGGGUUUACAGGGAGACUGUCAACUGCGAGAACUGCUACAGCAAGCAGAAAGAUCGCUGGUUUCACGGCAUAUGAAAUCUGGAUGAAGGAAACAUGAAGGAAACAUGAAGGAAAACUUUCAGAGUGAAGGACUACAGAGAACUGCUAUCCAACUGCACAUCCUUUAGUAAUACUGUGGAGAAGGGCUUAAUCAUUUUACAUUAUACAAUUAAUCUGUUGCAUUCUAUGCCUGUAUAUUCUGAAUAUUGUAUCACUAAUUCUGCUGUUUCAAAUCUGCCAGAGAGAAAUUGUGAAAAAUAUUGGGCUAUCUAUCAUACACAACACUAAACAAAAAUCUAUUUUGUCAUUUUAUGACUAUGCUCAAUAAAUGUUUUGAAAAUUGUGGUUGUGGA